GUUAGAUCUUUUUAAAACAUGGGUAAAUCAAGACCUAGAUUCAAUGAAAAGGCUCGUGCCUCUUCACGUCGACCCAAUCAAAGACCUCAUUUGAAAGCAAGAGACGGAGGUCUUGGAAAAGAAACUUUUGAACAAUCGCAAACCACCACCGAGAAUGCCAACCAAACUGAUUCCAACGAGCUCAUGAUUGUCCCCGGUAGCAAGAAAAGUGAAGCUGAACAGGAAGAAAAAACUACAGUUUCCUUCAAAGAGCCCAUCAAAUACAUGUCUAAAAAGAAGAAGAAGAAGAUGGAAAAAUACAUUGAACAAAAAUUGAAGAAAGAUGCCCGUGCUGGUCUUAUGGAAAAGCUCUCCACUUCUUCUUGGUCUUCUGAUCUCUUAAAGUCCUCCAAGCUUAUCGGUAGAAACGGUCAAACAUUACGUGAGCAAUUACGUCAAGCCAUGUUGGAGCAAAAGGCCGGUGUUGCUAUGACAGACGAGUCUGUUCCACUUGUCAUCGAACGUGAUGUGGAUGAAUUACCUCCUAUGCCUGAAAUCGUUUAUGCAGACAACUCCGCGGCUAUCGAUCAACCCGUGGUCGGUAGUGCUUUAAAGCAAACAGGUGGAUUACCACUCACCAUGCGAAAGAGAAAGAAGAAGCAGUCCACGAUUCCCACCAUCGCUAAAAAACGUUAUAAGCAAAGAAAGGGUAUGGAUUCAGACUCUUCAUUCGAUAGUUCAGAUUCAGAAAAUGACCAAGAUGAUGAAGAGGAGGACGAGGGACCUAGAACUAUAGCAGAGCCUUUAGAACCUGAGGAAGAACAGGGACCUACACAUAUGGAAGCUGUCACCGAAGCAGCAAAGACAAUCACUGUCGAGGUGCCUAGACGAGAGGAAGAGGAAUUUGAUGAUAUCAAGGUACAAUUAUUAAAGAGCAACAGAGAAGGUGAUUUAGCUGGAGAUGUUGCAAAGCCUUUUUACGUCAAUGUCAAUCGAAAGCCCGAGAUCCAAGCUGCUCGUUUAAAACUUCCUGUUGUUGGUGAGGAACAGGUUAUUAUGGAAGCCAUCCGUAAUAAUACUGUGGUGAUUAUUUGUGGUGAAACAGGUUCUGGUAAGACCACUCAGGUCCCUCAGUUCUUGUACGAAGCUGGAUGGUCUCAUCCCGAGAGUGAUAAUCCUGGCUUGAUUGGUGUAACUCAACCUCGUCGUGUAGCGACUGUGAGUAUGGCAAAGCGUGUCGCUCAAGAAUUAAACUUGACCGAUAAAGAAGUUUCGCAUCAAAUUCGUUACGAUGCUACCGUAUCUGCCAAGACACGUAUCAAGUUCAUGACGGAUGGUGUCUUAUUGCGUGAAAUGUCCCAAGAUUUAUUGUUGACCAAGUACUCUACCAUCAUUAUUGAUGAAGCGCAUGAACGUAAUUUGAAUACAGAUAUCCUGAUUGGUGUUGUGAGUCGUGUCUUGAAAUUAAGAGCUGAGUUGAGUAGAGAGGACCGACAAAAGAUCAAGCCCUUGCGUGUCAUCAUCAUGUCUGCUACUUUACGUGUAUCUGAUUUCACUGAAAACAAGACACUUUUCCCUGUCGUGCCACCUGUCAUUAAUGUCAACGCAAGACAGUUUCCUGUCGCCGUUCAUUUCAAUAAGAAAACACCCGAGGAUCAUGUCGGUGAAGCUUACAAAAAGAUUACCAAAAUUCACGAACGAUUACCCACUGGUGGUAUCUUGGUCUUCUUGACAGGUCAAAAUGAAAUUAACCAAUUAUGUAAAGAACUUCGUAAAAGAUACCCUGCUCUCCCCCCUAAGGCUUCCAAGAAGGAGAUUGUCAAGGAAGAAAAGGCCAUUGCCUUGGAAUCAAAGACAGUGACUGAACCUGCUGGGAAAGUGGAUAUUGAGGAUGAAGCUUUGGAGUUGGGCGAAAACCAAGUCGAUGAAGAUUUUGAUUUAUCUUCAGAUGAUGAGGAUGAUAUUGCUGAAGGGUUUGAGGAUGAUGAAUUGGCAGAUGUCAAGGAUGCUCCUUUGUAUGUGCUUCCAUUGUACUCAAUGCUUCCUACCGAGGCUCAAUUGCGUGUAUUCGAACCUCCCCCAGAGGGCACACGUCUCUGUGUCAUUGCUACAAACGUGGCCGAAACUUCCGUCACUAUCCCCGGUGUGCGUUAUGUGGUUGAUUGUGGUAAAUCUAAGGAGCGUAAGUACGAUGUAGAAACAGGUGUUCAAACCUUUGAAGUCGAUUGGACCUCGCAAGCUUCAGCUGGUCAACGUGCUGGUCGUGCUGGUAGAACCGGACCUGGUCAUUGUUAUCGACUCUUUUCUUCUGCUGUCUUUGACAAUGAAUUUGAAAAGUUUUCUACUCCUGAAAUUCAUAGAAUGCCCAUUGAAGGUGUUGUGCUCAGCAUGAAGUCCAUGAACAUUGAUAACGUUGUUAAUUUCCCCUUCCCAACACCUCCUCCCAGAGAGAACUUACAAAAGGCUGAAAAGCUUUUGGGUUAUCUUGGUGCGAUCAGUACAACAAGUAAACAUAUCACUGAUUUUGGUAGAACCAUGUCUUUAUUCCCUAUCACACCCCGUUUUGCCAAAAUGCUUAUUAUUGGACAACAACAUGGAUGUUUACCUUAUGUCAUUGCGAUUGUUUCAGCACUUUCUGUCGGUGAUCCCUUUAUUCAAGAUUAUCACUUGGAUGAGGAUCAACCUGAAAGUGACGACGAUAUUGGAUAUAGAGAACUCCAUAACAUUCAAAACGAAGCUGUCGCCGAUAAGGAAAGAAGAAAGCUUGUUCGAAAGAAGUAUUAUUCUUCUCAAAUGAAACACGCUGGAUUAGACCCUAAGAGUGAUAUUUUAAAGUUGUUAAACGUGGUGGGUGCCUAUGAAUAUGCAGGUGCCACCACCCAAUUCUGUGAAGAUAAUUUCUUAAGACCCAAAGCCAUGGAAGAGAUUCGUAAAUUAAGAAGACAAUUGACCAAUUUAGUUUCGAGUAAUUUCCCCGAUAUUGAUGUCUGCAUGGAUCCUAAAAUGCCACCUCCCAAUGAUACACAGAAAAAGGUGCUGAGACAAGUGCUGACAGCUGGUUUCAUUGACUCCGUGGCUAUUCGACAAGAUGUUUUGGAUACAGGUGGUGGAAAGGGUAUCAAGUAUAAGAAUGCCAAGAAUGUUGUCUAUCGAUUAUUAUGGAGUGAUGAAGAAGCCUUUAUCCAUCCUGGAUCGAUUCUUUAUAGUCAAGAACCUCCUGCCAUGUUGGUUUAUAGUGAAGUCUAUAAAGGAGGUAAAAACUGGCUUAAGGGCGUUACAGCGGUUGAAUCGAAAUGGAUUGCGAAAAUUGGUAAGGAUCUUUGUUCCUAUGGUAGACCUCUUGAUUUCCCUCUUCCAAAGUAUCUUGAUGAGAAAAAGGAUAGAAAAUUGGUUUAUGUUGUACCUAGUUUUGGUCCUAAAAGUUGGCCCCUUCCUCCUGUUCGUGUUGAACAGCGAAGAGAAGGAACACGUUGGGUCAUGGCCUCUUUGUAAAACCCCCCCCCCCGAUAUUUUCCAGAAAAAAAAAGUAUAGAAGCAAUAAAAUAUCUCAUGUUGUACAUUAUUAUCAUGCAAAACCAGGUUUUUUUACAAAAAAAAGCAGAUUUAUUUCGUGGAUUUGUUCUUAUUACAAUUGCUG